UCUGUGUCUUGCCACCAGCGACCAGGAGGGUGGGAGAUAUUUCCACAGCUCAUCAGAUUGCCAGUUCCUGUCAUCUUUUUUUUUUAUAUAUAUGCAUAUAUAUUCUCUGUCUUAAUCCUCUUCGCAUUUCUUUCAGCCAAUGUUGAUUUGUGUUUUUGCUUAAAUUUUGAAAUCCUUGGUCCUGGUGUAACUUAUUGGAGAAGGUCUGCACAAAGAUGGUCACCAUCAAUCUGCACCAGACUGAAUAGCAUAAACACCGGAAUUAAAUCAUCCAGGUUUGGCGACUGGUGGAGAUUUGUCAUUUUAGAAAAGACUCAUCGGCUACACCUGUACUUCCUUUUGCUCGUCCUACUGGCACCUCGCAGCUGAAGUGAUGUCCUCUCUUGCAGCAUCAGAAAAAUCCUCUCCGAACGCCAUGGGUCCCAAAGAGGUGGAGCUGAUCCUUGUAAAGGAGCAGAACGGGGUCCAGUUCACCUCCACCACCUUAGUAGCUCCGGCCCAGACUAACUCCUCUGGGGAGGAGGAAAGAGAGACCUGGGGAAAGAAGAUCGACUUCCUCCUGUCUGUGAUCGGAUUUGCCGUGGAUCUUGCAAAUGUCUGGAGAUUUCCCUACCUUUGCUACAAAAACGGAGGAGGAGCCUUCCUGGUCCCGUACCUGUUCUUUAUGGUGAUAGCAGGGAUGCCUCUUUUCUACAUGGAACUGGCUCUUGGGCAGUACAACAGAGAGGGGGCAGCAGGCGUCUGGAAGAUUUGUCCCAUCUUUAAAGGUGUUGGCUUCACAGUGAUUCUCAUUUCCCUUUAUGUUGGUUUCUACUAUAAUGUCAUCAUCUCCUGGGCGCUGUUUUACCUCUUCUCCUCAUUCACCCACGAGCUGCCAUGGGUCCACUGUAACAACACCUGGAACAGCCCAAACUGCUCAGACUGGGCCGACAACAGCUCCGUCGGCGACAUUUACAAAGCCACACCUGCUCAAGAGUACUUUGAACGAGGGGUCCUCCAUAUUCAAGACAGUAAUGGUAUUGAUGACCUUGGACGUCCACGCUGGCAGUUGACUUCCUGUUUGGCUGUUGUGAUUAUUCUGCUCUACUUUAGCCUCUGGAAGGGAGUCAAGACCUCUGGCAAGGUUGUGUGGAUCACGGCCACCAUGCCCUAUCUGGUCCUGACCGUGCUCCUGUUCCGUGGAGUAACUCUGCCUGGAGCCAUCGACGGCAUUAAAGCAUACCUCUCUGUCGACUUCCUGAGACUUUGCGAUGCCAAGGUCUGGAUUGAGGCUGCAACACAGAUCUGCUUCUCACUGGGUGUGGGGUUUGGUGUGCUAAUUGCAUUUUCCAGCUACAACAAAUUCAGCAACAACUGUUACAGGGAUGCUAUCAUAACCAGCUCCAUCAACUCUUUGACAAGUUUUUUCUCUGGAUUUGUUGUCUUCUCCUUUCUCGGGUACAUGUCCCAGAAACACAACGUGGCUCUAGAUAAAGUCGCUAGAGAUGGUGCUGGUUUAGUGUUUGUAAUUUAUCCAGAAGCCAUUGCAACCUUACCUGGGUCGUCAGUCUGGGCGGUGAUUUUUUUCAUUAUGCUGCUGACACUUGGUCUUGACAGUGCAAUGGGUGGGAUGGAGUCUGUGAUCACUGGGCUGAUUGAUGAAUUCAAAUUCCUUCACAAACACAGAGAGCUGUUCACCCUGUUUAUUGUUGUUUCAACAUUUCUCAUAUCCCUCUUCUGUGUCACAAAUGGAGGGAUGUAUGUGUUUACUCUGCUGGAUCACUUUGCAGCCGGAACAUCGAUUCUCUUUGGAGUGCUUAUUGAAGCCAUCGGCAUUGCCUGGUUCUACGGAGUGGAUCGUUUCAGUGAUGACAUUAAGGAGAUGAUUGGUCACAGACCAGGAAGGUACUGGAGACUGUGCUGGAAGUUUGUUAGCCCAUGCUUCCUCUUGUUCAUGGUUGUGGUUAGCUUCGCCACGUUCAACCCACCAAAUUACGGCUCCUACAUAUUUCCUCAAUGGGCUAACCUGGUAGGGUGGUGCCUGGCCAUGUCAUCAAUGACCAUGGUUCCACUGUAUGCCAUCUACAAGCUCUGCUCACUUCCAGGAAGGUUUUGCGAUCGCCUGGCUUAUGCCAUCACCCCGGAGACAGAGCAUCAUCUGGUAGACAACGGAGAGGUUCGGCAGUUCACUCUGCAUCACUGGUUGGUCGUUUGAGAGCUGCAGAAAGAGAAAUGGAAGGAGUGAAAGAGGAAGAAUGUCAGAGUGGAUGCUGGAUGCAUGCAAAAAUAGAAGCCUAAAGAGCUAAAGAGUGAAGACAGCCAUGUAAACUGAUCACAGGGAUUAGGAUGCAGGGCUUAAAAGUGCCAAGAAAAAAAAAAAAGAGAAAAAAAAAUCCACAUAAAUUGUAGUGUUGUUACAUUUUAAUAGUGGAUGUGUAAAACUGUGCAUUGGCCCCUAUCUACUGUUUCUCCACAAGCUCGUGAAUGGGAUUCAGUAAAAUAGUUAAUUUGAUGUUCAGCCUGCUAUUUCUGUAAAAUGCAAAAAGCCCAUGAAUGAAUAGCAUGGAAGUCUUAGCCUGCUGGAUAUUAGUGUGCUAAAUCCUCCCCGUGCUUUAUAACAGUAGAACAUUGUUACUGCUGAUGAAUGAACACAGGAAGAUAUUGUGAACAUUGUAUGAUAUGUUGAGUGGCACAAUUUAGGACACAAUAUUUUAAAAUUGAUAAUGUUGUAGAGGUGCUACAAAAAGCAUUAAUUCUCUUAAAAAUAAAGUGCAUUUUAUUUUUGAUUAUUCCUAUUCCUGAUCGAGAUUUAGGACUAAAAUCAUUAAUCUGAAGAAUUCUAACUUAUUCUAUGUUCCUAUCAGGACUAUGUAAUUAUUAUUUGUAAUUUAAAGACUGUUAUGAUUGCUAUAGCCUUACAGAAUUUAACUUGCUUACAUCAGAAUUGCUUACUUACAAACAAUGCUUAAUUUUUUUCAAAUACUUAUUUUUGAACAUUUUCAGUCAAUAUUCCUUUAGGUGACGCAAAACCCAAAUUAUGCUAUAGCAUCUGCAACUUUUUUCUUAGUGGGUUUUUUUUAGCAUAAUUUUAAAAUAUAGACAUGGACAUAUUGAAAAUAUUAUAAAAGGAAACCCUAGAGCCCCCAAAAGGAAACUUUUAAUUACAUCCAAUUCAUUUUUACCUGCCUGACAAUGACGUUAGCAUUUUAUUUGAAAUGUAAAGAAAGACUCACACAGUAAUCCAUACUGUACAAGGCUUCAAUAUUACACAGUAAUCUAUGGCUUCUUCUCCUUCUUUUUCACAAAAAGGUGUGUCUUUACAUCUAGUUGUUUCAGAAAUGAGAAGCUUUUUAU